AUGCGCAUCAUCUCGCAUUGGAUCUCGGGGACAUCCAUCGCAAAAAGGAUCAUGAGUGGAUACUACAGAUUUGGACCGUGGGGUGGGCGAAAGGAAGCGCAAAACCUGCAGGCAACUCAAACAAAUGCUCGGGAGUCGACCUUCGCCGACAGUAACGCAAAGGAGAUGAUAAUAACAAACCAGACCCAGAUCUCUGGAGGACUCGCUGACGGUGAUCUUGACAAGAGCAGGAGACCGUCCGUCGAGCUAGGAUCGGAUCGCCAGAUACCGCGAGCUUGGAAGAUUAGAUCGCGGAAAAGUUCGGCGAUGAUGUCUAGCUCAAGGCAGAAUAUGGAGAUAUUAAGAUCUAAUCCAUUGGCUCCGGCAGAUAUGCAGGAUUUUAUCAGGGAUGCGGCUACUAGCGAGGCGUGCCACGAGACGUACAUGGCAAUGGUUCUCGAUGUAUGUCUGAUCCGCAUGGCAGGUCCACGGCGAUGGAUGGCCGGCGCCAGAUCUGUACUCAAAGCCCGGAUCGGUAAUCGUGACUGUACGAAUGCGGAGCGAUCAGAUACGCCCAUGGUUGGGAUUGUCAUGGCCAAGUCCACUAUCCUCCACGCCGCGGUGUUCUUUUUGCGGCCGCAAUCGAGCCGUGCCCAUGGGAAACAGGGGCAGCUGGGCAGAGCCCCACAUUUUGGUUCACCUGGAGCACUGAAUGGGGGGGAAGCACGCCAAAGCGCUGCCAAAAAGAGGAAAACGAUGCCCAGGCCAACCACGGAAGGCGGCACGCCCUGGAAGGUAGCUGCAACCCUCUCUAAGAUAGGCAAGAGCACUCUCGAUGCCUGCAACCAGCACGAAGUGUAUAAGACGUGUUGUCCGCCGUCCUCACAUUGA